GCGCCAGACUCCUGGACAGAGUGGGGUCAAUUUUCCCCUUAGUCACUGUCCUCUCCCAUCCCUAAUGGCUUCCCGUCGAACUGGCUGGGGGUGAUUCGGGGGUGACUCAGGGGCAUUCUCCACACCCCCGGAUGCUCUGGAAAUGGCUCUGUGUGGCGUGUUGUAUACCCUGGCCAGAAGCACCCAUGGGAGGGGGGAAGGUUGUAGCAGACCCAGGGGUGGUGGGGGGUUUGUUUCCCACAGUGUGGCCAAGGGGAGCCUGGGUCCUGGGGUCUGUGAAGGGUCUAGAGGUGGGAGAGCCAUGGCUGCCGGAAGCCUCUCCUCCCACCUCUCCCCCAUCCCCAGCUGAGCCCUGCAGCCUGGCCCCAGGCCAGGAGCAGGCUCAGCAGGUCCCAGGGGUGUGGCAGCGACCAGCUGCGGAGCCAGACUACACCGGGCCGGCUGUCAGCGGAGGCAGCACAGUCCAUCAGGAACAUCAGAGUGCAUACAGCAGGAGCCCCGAGAGGCAGCGUGGCCAUGAGCCCGGUGCUGUACUAUGCCCUGCCUGCCCUGGGAAGCUAUGUCAUGCUCUCCGUCUUCUUCCUGCGCCGGCCUCGCCUGCUGCACACGCCCUGGGCGCCGGCCUUCCUGCCGCGCCUGGGGGCCCACCGAGCAGGAUCCGGAGAGCGACUGGAGCACACCAUGGAGGCCAUGGAGAACUCCAUGGCACAGCGAUCCGACUUCCUGGAGCUCGACUGCCAGCUGACCCGGGAUGGCGUGGUGGUGGUGUCCCAUGACGAGAACCUGUCUCGCCAGUCAGGCGUGAAUAGGGACGUGAGCAGCCUGGACUUUGAGGAGCUGCCCCUCUACAAGGAGGAGCUGGAGGUUUACUUCUCACCAGGCCACUUUGCACACGGGACAGACCGGCGCAUGGUGAGUCUGGAGGACAUGUUCCGGAGGUUCCCUCGGAUGCCCAUGAGUGUGGAGGUCAAAGCAGUAAACGAAGAGCUCAUUAACAAGGUAGCAGGCCUGGUGAGGCACUUUGACCGCAGUGAAAUCACCAUCUGGGCCUCGGAGAAGAGCUCAGUCAUGAGGAAGUGCCGGGCUGCCAACCCCGAGAUGCCGUUUGCCUUCACGAUAGGCCGAGGACUGUGGUUGGUGCUGCUCUAUUACCUGGGGUUGCUGCCCUUCGUCCACAUCCCGGAAAGGUUUUUCAUCUGUUUCCUGCCCACCAUCAUCAAUAGGACCUACUUCCCGUUUUCCUCCCCUGGGCUGAACAAGCUGGCGGCUGUGGUUUCCAAAUGGCUAAUCAUGAGGAAGAGUCUCAUCCAUCACCUGGAACAGCGAGGAGUGCGGGUGAUCUUCUGGUGCCUUAACGAAGAGUCGGAUUUUGAAGCAGCCUAUGGCCUGGGGGCCACCGGCGUCAUAACCGAUUACCCCACAGCCCUGAGGCGCUACCUGGACAACCACGGAAGAGCUGCCCAGGCCUCCUAGAAAGCCUGGAGUCUCUCACCCUCUCCUCUAUGUCUCUUCCCCAAUAAAUAUCUUCUUUCAAGUCACGUCUUGGUGUUUAGGGGGCACGGAUGGGAGGAGAUCCUAGCCCACUGCAAAGAUGGCAACUGAGGGCAGAAGAGGCCAGCCUAGGGCCAGAGUUUGGGGCCCUAACCAGCCUGACCCACUGGUUCCACGACAUUCCAGACCACACCCUGUGCCAGCCUGGCCUCCACUCUCCUCAGGAAUGUCCCUUGCAGGAAGGAGCAAGGCCUCCUGCCCCUUCAGAGCCUCGGGUUCCAUUCUCCUGAGGCCGUGAAAAGCCCUAGACACACAGCAAGGGACAUCAUCUGGCCCUGUGGGCCUCCUCCCCAGGCUGCAGAAGGCAGACAUGGCCUUAGGCUGAGUCCUCGGUGCCCAUCUGCUGCCUCAGCCGUUCCAACCUUCCACUCCCAGAGCUGAGCCAGAAGCUCCCCCAAACUCCUCAGCACUUUCCAGCCCUAGUACCUUAUUCACUGACCAAGUGGCAUUUCACCAACAUUUGUUGACUACUCUAGGCCAGUCUGCAUCCUGGGGCCACUGCAGGGAAUAAGAAAAGUCUAGUAGGGUAGAAGCAUCUGGUAGGUAGAAGCAUCUGUAAACUAACGCGGCCUGCAGAGGCAAGGGCAUCAAAGGAGGCUGCCUGGAAGAGGUGAUACUCAACACUAGGAGCUGGCAUGUUCCGAGGCUCCAGGCUCCGGCUCCCAGAGGUCUAACGCGAAUGGGCCCGGUUAGCUCUUCUGUUCCAAGAGCCUUCCCCUGGUGCCUACCAAACAGAAUCCGACCGAAGUGAAGCCCAGCUUUGCCUCUUCCCAGCCGGAUAACCUCGGCUCCCGCGUAAAAUGGGAACAAUAGCAAAAGCUGCCUCAUAGGAUUGCUGCGGGGAUUAAGAGACUGGGGCACGGGCGGUGGUUAAACGCAGAUAAUUAUGGCUAUUAUUUCCCCGGGGGAGUGCGUCCAGACACCAUCCCCCUCCU